CGUAUUUCUCGCCCUCGGGUCAUUCCCUUCACCUCAAAUUUCGCACGCAGAUAUUUUCUUCUUCUUCGCUCAAAGCUUCGCAGAGUUGAAUUGCGCUGUAGCCAAAGAUGGCACUGGUUUCAGGAGGAUCAACGUUGAACCCGAAUGCCCCUCUCUUUAUCCCUGCUGCUCUUAAGCAGGUGGAGGAUUUCUCCCCUGAAUGGUGGCAACUGGUUACCACUUCCACAUGGUACCACGACUACUGGCUCAGUCAACAGGGUGAGGAUGGCUUCUAUGAUAAUGCCCAGGGUGACGUUGACAAUGUCGCAGAUUUGCUUCCAGAGACCUUUGAUCUCGAUGCUGGUGAGGACUUCUCCAGUUUAGAAGCUCAGUUUGAGGAGUUCCUUCAAUUGUCUCAGACUGAAAGUAAAAAUGGGUUGGAAACAAGUACUGCGGUCUUGAAGAAUUUGAAAUCACUGGAAGACAAACGUUCCCCAGUGGAGCCAAGGAGGUAUGCUGAGAAGCCUGCCAAGCAUGUGAGCCCGAAAUGCAGCCCCCGCUUCAUCCAGCAGCCCCGUUGAAAGCAGCUAGCUUGUAGUGACUUCUUCCUUAUGUAGUUUAGCCAAUGGCAAAACCUAAGUAAUUUGUAGUUUUUCCGCUCGCUGUAAUUUCUGUAUAGAGCAAGGUUGAAACACUUGCUUCCAUCCUUGUUCAUUCCGAUGCUCUUUCUGUUCAGUUUACCAAAAAUACCCUUGGGGUACGAAACUUGUAAAAAAAAAAAAAAAAAGGUUUAACAGCAGAAGUAAAAAGAGAAUUUUAUAGUUCUUGGUGUGUAUCAGAUUUAAGUUUUGGCAAUUGUUAAACUUAUUUAGCAAGCUUGCGCAACUUUUGACA